CCUAAAUGAGGUCCAUCAUGUAUGGCCACUAAAUGAAGGGUUCUGCCGGGGAGCACCCGUUAUUUAUUGGCAUCGUUCGCGUGGAUGACCAUUUUCAGAAUCGCUGAGUUGGAUGACAAAGCCGAUGAUGGGUUUAUCGCUCCGGUGAAGCGGGCGCUAAAUAGAUUAAAUGCGCCUCUGAAUGUAUUAACCCCGUCAUUGGCGGCGGGUGCAAAACAGGAUAUCUCAGCGUCUCCUCCUCGGUCACCCCAGCGCCUGUGAGGUUUCCCUGGAAGCUUUACCCCAGCCAUGGCUCUGGUGACACUGCAGCGCUCCCCUACACCCAGCGCCGCAUCCUCAGCCAGCACCAACGCGGGGGAGGAUGUAGGCAGUGACGGUGAUGGAAAAGCAAACCUGAGCUUGAGUGAAAGUUUCUUCAUGGUAAAGGGGGCAGCUUUGUUUUUACAGCAAGGCAGCAGUCCACAAGGGCCCAGGACACCCACCCUUCACAAAAACGCAGGUGAUCUACCACAGCACCUACAAGUAAUGAUAAACACCCUUCGCUCUGAGGACAGAAUCAAAUUGGCUGUUAGGUUAGAAAGUGCGUGGAUGGAUCAUGUGCGGUACAUGGUGGUUGUCUACACAAAUGGGCAUGAAGACACUGAAGAGAACAUACUGCUGGGUAUGGAUUUCACAGAAAAGGACAGCUGCUCUUUUGGGAUGACCCUUCCGCUGUGGAGUGACACCAAGAUCCACUUGGAUGGAGAUGGAGGUUUCAGUGUGAGCACAGCAGGAAGGCUGCAUGUCUUUAAACCUGUGUCAGUCCAGGCCAUGUGGUCUGCCCUCCAGGUAUUGCACAAAGCAUGUGAGGUGUCCCGCAGGUACAACUAUUUCCCAGGGGGAAUGGCCCUCACCUGGGCUGGCUAUUAUGAGAGCUGCAUCUCCUCAGAGCAGAGCUGUAUCAAUGAGUGGAAUGCCAUGACAGAUCUGGAGACCACCCAGCCUGACUCCCCAGUCAUGUUUUCUGAUCAGCCAGCUGAGAGAGAGAUAACAGAGUGUAUGAUCACAGCCAAACUCCGAAACAUAAUGAUGUUUCAGGACCUGGAAAAUAUUACUUCCAAGGAGAUCCGAAAUGAACUGGAACAACACAUGAGCUGCAACCUGAGGGAGUAUAAAGAGUUUAUUGACAAUGAGAUGCUGCUUAUCUUGGGCCAGAUGGACAAGGCUACACUCAUAUUUGACCAUCUGUACCUGGGCUCAGAAUGGAACGCAUCCAGUUUGGAAGAGCUCCAAGACUCUGGGGUUGGGUAUAUCCUCAAUGUCACAAGAGAGAUUGACAACUUUUUCCCAGGUACCUUUUGUUAUUAUAACGUCUGUGUUUAUGAUGAUGAGACAACAGAUCUGCUGGCCCACUGGAAUGAAACCUACAACUUCAUAGUUAAAGCCAAGAAAAACAACUCUAAAUGCCUAGUACAUUGCAAGAUGGGAGUGAGUCGCUCAGCAUCCACUGUCAUUGCUUAUGCUAUGAAGGAGUAUGGAUGGUCGCUUGAGAAGGCACACAAUUUUGUCAAACAGAAGAGAAGUAUAGCACAACCCAAUCCAUCUUUCAUGCGACAACUGGCUGAGUACGAGGGGAUUUUAGAUGCCAGCAAGCAGCGACACAACAAACUCUGGCAACCGGAUGGUGAUGAGUACUCAUUGGAGGGUCUCCAGGCCUCAGCUGGAAGUGGUGAGCUGCACCCUGAUCGGGAGGCAGCGGCUUGGGGCCACGGAGGAGCAAGUUCUUCCCCCUGUUGUGGAGAUGAGCCAACAGACCAUCUCAAUUACAACUACUACUUCCGCCGACUUUCUGACACCGCCCUGGACAGUGAACCCUCCACACCAGUUCGAGGUCCUCCAAUUUUAGGCAUGGAGCGAGUCUUCAUUGAGAUUGAGGACGUUGAGAGGGAUGCAUUGUUGGAUGAUGAGGGUUUCCCCAUGGCUCACUUGGCCCUUCCUGGGGAGGGAACAGCAGCACAGACCUGCAGCCGGUUGGAGCCUUUGGAGGACAUGCGUUUGCGGCUGGAGUUUAGCACGGUGGAGGAGGAGGAUGAAGAGGAAGCACAAAAAGAGGAAGCAGAGAUGGCAGCCUUAGCACGCGGCGAGGAGACGCAGAGGGAAGACGAAAGCCUGGCUAACUUGAACCGAUUUAACAACGAGAACGCCAACAACAGCAACAGGCUGGCUGGGAAACGCAGCUGCCCUUCUGGCUUUGACGACAGUGCUAGCAUUGGAAACCCCUUCAAAGUGAAGCCCUCAUAUCAGUCGUGCCGAGACUGCCUGCGCCUGCCCAGCGGCCGCCGCUGUGAACGUCGCACCCAUCGCCUUAACCUGCCACGUCACACUGGCCUGCCCAGUAUCUCCAUCCAGGCCCCUGGAGGAAACCAAUUCAGUACCAUUGCCAUCAGUAAGGUGCCUCCCCCUGCCCCUCGCCAUCACAUGUGCAGCGGACACUGCCAGUGCACAUGUUACUCUGGUGCUUCUGAAGUGGUGAGCUUGGACGCUUACCACAAGCAUCUGGCUUUGCCCAAGAGGUGCAAAGAUCUUCCUCAGGAUUUGCAAUAUUCCUUGGAGACUGAGGACAUGGAUGAGAGGCACAGAAUGGAGGGGGAAGAGGAGGGCAGCAAGGGAAGCUCCAGCAGUCCUACUACAGAGCUAACUCUCCUAAAGCUCAGUCUGGGUGGUGAGAGGCCUAUUGCCGAGCUCAGCCAGUGGACCUACCUGGAGACACAGAUCCCUCAGUCAGAACAGAUGGACUUGAGUGUAGAGGACACUGCCACAGAGGACAUGGAAGUGGAUGAGGGGACCGUCCCCAUAGCCUCUGCUAAAUGCCCAGCACCACAUCAAACUUUCACACCAUGCUCCUCACCGCAGAGCUUUGCCCUGACGCGCAGCUCCAGCAGCAAAAGUCUGCAGAGCAUGCAGGGAGGGCAACAAGGCAUGGUACGUCAGCGAGCCCAAGAGAUUGAGAGCCGUGUGCGGCUUGCGGGUCUAACCAUACCCUCCCAGCUCAAACGGUCAAAUUCACUGGCUAAACUCGGUGAUUUGGCCAUCUCCACAGAGGACCUCACACUUUCUGCCACAGUCUCCAUUGACUACAAUGAGCAAGACCCUGCUCUUGGCAUGCAGUCCUCUUGCUCUCCCAAGCUCUCUUUAACUGUGUUGCAAAGUUUAAAAAGCUGACUUCUCAAAGAUGUCAGAACUGCUUUCUCAGUGAAUGGUAUAGCUCCAAGAAAAACCGACAGUCCUACAGCCACUGAAAGCUACGAUGGAGGCCGUUGCUGCAAGACACCUCAUGAGAACAAUCAGGCCAGAGUUGGACCUCCUUCCAACAGCCCUUAACAUAACUGCACUGCAUUUCUCAUGUGUUUGUCUGUGCUUUAACUUAGAUAUAUAUUAAAGAAGCAUGCUCUGGCUUGGAUCUUCAUUAACGGCUUUGUUGAUAACGCUUUGCUUUGUCUUGCUAAAGGAGCAUUACCUAUUAAGGUUUUAAAUACUUGUGAACCAUCUGUUGGUGGUUUAAUCCAGACCUAUCAAAACCGGUAUAUAGGCUGAGUGCCUCUAUUGGAUAUGAUUUUCCUACAAUCCCUAAACUAUUUGCGGAGAGCUGAUUGUUCAAAUAUUCAUUUGAUCUCCAUAAUUAAAUCUUACUAUUUUAAGAUACUUUAAAGGAAUAUUCCAGGUUCGAUACAAAUUAAGCUCAAUCAAUAGCAUUUUUGACAUAAUUUUGUUUACCACUAAAUUAAAAAUUUACAGAAAAUUUAAUUACGACUUGUCCCUCCUUGUCUUUAUAUAAAGCAAAAAUCUGGGUUACAGUGAGGCACUUACAAUGGAUGUGAACGGGGCCAAUCCGUAAACACAAAAAUAUUCACUGUUUCAAAAGGAUAGCCACAAGACAAACAAUAUGAGUGUUAACAUGAUUUUUGUGUGAUAAAAUCUCACUUAUCUCUUUUGUGUAAAGUUAUAUUUUACAACUUCGUUGCUGUGGCAACGUCAUGAACACUGAAAACCCUAAAAAGACUGAAAAAAUGAUAAUUUAAACAACUUUACAUCUCAAAUAAUACAUUAGUUUUAACAGAAGAAUUACUGUUAAUGCUUUUAUAAAAUUAUAAGCUUUGCAUAUCUGCCUUUAAACCCUCCAACAAUUGGCCCCAUUAACUUCCAUUGUAAUUGCCUCACUGUAACCUCAUGUUGUGCAUUUUUUAAAGAAUAAUUUUUGUGCUAGUCAACAUUAUGCCAUAAAUGUUAUUGAAUUAGGUUAAGCUGUAUUGAACACAUAAUAUUCCUUAAAUUGUACUUUUGGUAUUAUUACCAACAAAAUAAAUUACUACAUUUUGUCACCCAGUUUGUUUACUAGCAAAUUGAAUUGUGCUGUUGCAGAGGAACCAUCAUGCAAUUGAAAAGAUGUGAUAGGAAAAACUGAGACAAAUUGAAUUGAUUCACAUAAUAGUUACAAUCCAUUGGAUAAAAAUAUGAAAAAGCUGAACAUUAUGGCCAGGUGUUAUGAAAUGAAGAAAUAAUCAGACCACUUGUAGUUUCCUAAUGAUCAUAGAAAUUUCCAAACCAUAGAAAUUACUGGUUGGUCAAAUUCGAGUGGUAGACAAGUAUUUAUGGGUUAUUAAAAACUGAACCAGAUUAGAUGUAGACACUUAUACAUAUUCAAGACAAGAUUUUAGCUAUAGCAAAAUUAAUAAAACAAGGUGAUAAACAACAUUUUACCCAAAGCUUAUGCCUUACAAACAGAUAUUCAGUCUAAAAUUCAUGAAAAUGUCUAUUGAAGCCACUGUGUUACUCCACCCUGAUAUUUACUUGAAUCGUUUGUUGUUUUUUAAAUUCAUCCUAUGCCAUUUGCUAAAAUGACAACAUCAACAAAGCCACAUAAUCAGUCUUAUUUCCAGAGAAAACUGCAACAUGAAUGUUGUCGGCUAUUUGUAUUAGAACGUUAAAUUUUGCUUCUCAUCUGGAGUUUUUCAGAUUAACUAGAUCUGAAAUGUACUACUAGAGUACAGCUCUCAUGUAAUUUAGCUUAAGCUGUUUAUUGUACAAAUUGUAGCCUGUGAUGUGCAAAAAGGCUUUAGCAGCAACUCAGUAGUACAAUACAGUCUUCAAGUUGACCAGAAGAUGUUGAAAUGUGUCAUUAUAAUCCUUUAUAAGGUUGUUUUAAAGUGUCCUAUAUGAAACAGCAUCAUGGCAUCUGAUAAUGACAGUCAUGUACAUUCAGUGUUAACAGGCUCAAGCAUUACAUUUUAUUAUGAAAUUGUGGUCAUAGGGACUCGCUUGAGAUGUCAGUUUACUACAAUUAUGCGUUUGAUAUGUGUACCAGAACACACAAAGUUUGAUCCGUGCUCUGAGGUGGUAACAAGUGCAUAAGUAUUGUUUAAACUUGACCUUAAUUGUGAAUGUUUUUUGAAUGUUUUGAUAAUUAAUUUUAUUGGUCUUUAUGUUGUUUACUAUGGUUAUUUUUUAACAUUUAAAAUAUGCAAUGUGGCCUGUGCAAUAAGAGUAAGGAAGAAAUUGAAGAGGAUCUUUUUUUAUUUACUGAGAAGUGUGAAAAAUCUUAUAAUUUCCAUUUAGAAAAAGAAGAUGAGAGGUGAGAGAAGAGCACUUUGAGUGAAAUUCAAGUGAAAGCUUUUUAGUAUAGUCCACACGGGCUCAAUCACUACUGAAUGGAAACUAUGUACUGACUUUUGGAACUUCAUAUUGGCUUUGAGUUUGCUUAUGUUUUCUUCUUCUUUUUUCAUAUUUUAUUGCUGUAUGGUUGUGAUAAAUUUGAGUAUUUCUUUAAAUCAAAAAUUUUAUAAUAGCCAAAAUGAUGGCCUCCCAAAGAGAGUAAAGUUGUAUUCUUGCUUUCUGCUCAUGGCUCGUCAUUCCUCCUCCCAGCUGCUGCUGAUGGAAGUACUAGACAUUUUUGUUUGUUUAAACAUGUAAGUGCCUUACCUGUUGCCAUUUGCAAUCAGUUGUCUAACCGUUCUUUGGUAAAACUGCUCUUUGUUUUUUCUUCACCUGGUAAUGGUCUUUAUAGAGCAAAGUUUAUUUUGAACAAAUGCAUAUUUGUGGCUCAUUAAAGUCUGUUUGUCUCUUCAUUUUGAUAUGUCAUUAAAUUUUUUUGCAUAUGAGAUUUUUCAUUGUUGGGCAUGUUUGAAUGCACUUAGCUUACAAUAAAAUCACUGGAAUAAAUGGAAUAUUGUCUUUAUCCCUAACUAAACAGCUCUUAUAAAGUGACUUGGAACAUACAUCAUGCGUUCAUUUUUUGACCAUUUUAAGUUGUGCUGCACUUUGUUUUAUAAUAAUGUCAUGUAUAGACGAUUAUAUAAAUAAAUUGUUUAUUG